AAAUACAUUCCUAACUGUCGUAACUUACCUAACUAGCUCAACUUGUCACAGGGCAGCUGAACCAAACAACAGUUUUAAAAGAGCUGCUCUAGGAAAUAAAUAUUAACAAUGGCAGACGAAGAGAAGCUUCCGUCUGGGUGGGAGAAAAGAAUGAGCCGCAGUUCAGGCAAAGUGUACUACUUCAACCACAUCACUAAUGCCAGCCAGUGGGAACGCCCAGUGGGGGAUGGCCGUGGAGAACCAGAUAAGGUACGCUGCUCUCACCUCCUAGUGAAGCACAAUCUGUCACGUCGUCCAUCUUCAUGGCGAGAACAAAAUAUCACACGUUCUAAGGACGAGGCCCUGGAACUUAUUCAGAAGUACAUAGAACAGAUCAAGAGAGGAGAGGAGAAGUUUGAGGCCCUGGCUUCUAACUACAGCGACUGCAGUUCCGCCAAAAACGGUGGAGAUCUGGGAUUAUUUGGCAGAGGUCAAAUGCAGAAGCCCUUUGAAGACGUCUCCUUUGCUCUGAAAGUGGGAGACAUGAGCGGGCCUGUUUUUACUGACUCUGGAGUCCACAUCAUCCUACGUACAGGUUGAGAGGAAGACGUCACAUUCUGUACUGUGCUUCUAUGUUAUCAUACACACAUGUAAACCCAACUAGACCUGUGAUUUAUUUUAAUGACACACGCCACUCAAUAAACAAAGCUUAUGAGCUGAAUCACAUCUUUUAAGUGUGAUCGUUUUGUUACUAAAAACAUUCAUGAACGAGGAGAAUUGCAGCUCGAGCAAGAACUGCCUGUGAAUCUGUCACACGAGGAGUGCAGUUUGAGGUUGCACCUGUAAAUGCUUGUUUUUGGAUGUGCAUGCGUUUAAAAGCUCCAUUAUUGUAUGAUUUCUACUGUAUGUGUGGCAAGCAGUUCUAUGAGUAAGAAAACGGUUUCAUGAGAAGUUGUAGGAUACAGACCCCUUUCAUUCUACCUUGUCUACCUUUAGCAUUGCUUCAGUCCCUGCAGGUUUUUAAACCAGCAUGGUUCAGAUAAACUGUUGGAAUUCCCGUCCCAUAAAUAAACAUUUUUAUAUCUUC